GGAAGAGAAGCUUGAGAACACGAGAGAUCCAGAACUAUACAGAAUGGAAAAUGAAGAUACUGAGGAACAAAGAGAUAUGAUGGAAGUGAAUAAGGAUGGUCAAGCUGAAGUGAAUGAUGCUGAUGAGAAACAUCAGAAUGUGAAAACAAUACAGGAGGUUUCACUGAAAGGAACUCUGAGAACAGAAGACAAAACGCGUGGAAAGAGAUUCCCAAAAGACGGACACAUGAGAACUCACAAUAGGGUCAAACCGUUCACGUGUGAUCAGUGUGGAAAGAGUUUUAGAUAUAAAAGUACACUCAAGAUACACAUGAGAGUUCACACUGGAGAGAAACCACACGCGUGUGAUCAGUGUGGAAAGAGUUUUAGAUAUAAAAGUACACUCAAGAUACACAUGAGGAUUCACACUGGAGAGAAACCUCACACAUGCCGUCUGUGUGGAAAGAGUUUUACAACUGCAGCUAAUCUUAAAAUACACGUGAGAAUCCACACUGGAGAGAAACCCUUCAUGUGUCAUCAGUGUGAGAAGUGUUUUAUAUGUGAAAGUGCACUUAAGAUGCACAUGAGAGUUCACACUGGAGAAAAACCACACGCGUGUGAUCAGUGUGGAAAGAGUUUCAGAUGUGGAAGUAACCUUAAGGUACACAUGAGAAUCCACACUGGAGAGAAACCUCACACAUGCCGUCUGUGUGGAAAGAGUUUUACAACUGCAGCUCAUCUUAAGAAGCACAUGAUAAUUCACACUGGAGAGAAACCCUUCAUGUGUCAUCAGUGCGAAAAGAGUUUUAUAUGUGAAAGUGCACUUACGACACACAUGAGGAUUCACACUGGAGAGAAACCACACGCAUGUGAUCAGUGUGGAAAGAGUUUCAGAUGUAUGGGGAGCCUUCAGGCUCAUUUGAGAAUUCACACUGGAGAGAAACCACACGCGUGUGAUCAGUGUGGAAAGAGUUUUUCAAGUAAUGGUGCCCUUAUCACACACACGAGAACUCACACCGGAGAGAAACCAUUCAUGUGUCAUCAUUGUGAAACGAGUUUUAGAUCUUCAAGUCAACUCAAGGUACACAUCAGAACUCACACUGGAGAGAAACCAUUUGCAUGCCAUCAGUGUGAAAAGAGUUUUAAAUCUUCAGGUCAACUUAAGAACCACGUGAGGACUCACACUGGAGAGAAACCAUUCACGUGUGAUCAGUGUGAAAAGAGUUUUACAAGUAAAGAUAUCCUUAAGAACCACAUGAGAAUCCACGCUGAAGAAAAACCAGUUUCAUGUCAUCGGUGUGAGAAGAAGUUUAGAUAUGAAAGUACACUCAAGAUACACAUGAGGAUUCACACUGGAGAGAAACUAUACACGUGUGAUCAGUGUGGAAAGAGUUUCACAGUUGCAGCACAACUUAAGAUACAUGUGAGAGUUCACACUGGAGAGAAACCCUUCAUGUGUCAUCAGUGUGAAAAGAGUUUUAGAUAUAAAAGUACACUCAAGACUCACAUGAGAGUUCACACUGAAGAGAAACCACACGCGUGUGAUCAGUGUGGAAAGAGUUUCAGAUGUGGAAGUAACCUUAAGGAACACAUGAGAGUUCACACUGGAGAGAAACCUCACACAUGCCGUCUGUGUGGAAAGAGUUUUACAACUGCAGCUAAUCUUAAGAUACACGUGAGAAUUCACACUGGAGAGAAACCCUUCAUGUGUCAUCAGUGUGAGAAGUGUUUUAUAUGUGAAAGUGCACUUGCGGUACACAUGAGGAUUCACACUGAAGAGAAACCACACGCGUGUGAUCAGUGUGGAAAGAGUUUCAGAUGUGGAGGUGACCUUAAGGUACACAUGAGAGUUCACACUGGAGAGAAACCCUACCCAUGCCGUCUGUGUGGAAAGAGUUUUACAACUGCAGCUCAUCUUAAGAGACACGUGAGAGUUCACACUGGAGAGAAACCCUUCAUGUGUCAUCAGUGUGAGAAGUGUUUUAGAUGUGAAAGUGCACUUAAGAUACACAUGAGGAUUCACACUGGAGAGAAACUAUACACGUGUGAUCAGUGUGGAAAGAGUUACACAAGUAAAAAUAUCCUUAAGAACCACAUGAGAAUCCACGCUGAAGAAAAAACAUUUUCAUGUUAUCGGUGUGAGAAGACUUUUAGAUGUGAAAGUUCACUUAUGAAACAUGUUUGGACUCACACUGGAAUGGAAAAUGCUGCGUGCCCGUAGUGUAGAAAGACUUUCACAACUGGAUAUUUUCUUACGACACAUUUGAGAGUUCACACUGGAGAAAACCCUUCCAUAUGUGUGGACAGAGAUUCAGAAAUAAAGCUUCACGCUGGAGAGAAACCCUUCACAUGCCGUCAGUGUGGAAAGACUUUUAUGGGAAUCUAGAUUCAGAAUGCUCGGGAUGCUCUCAAUCUAGAGAAAAACAUGUAACGCUGAUCAGUGAAAUAAAGUCUGACAACAUGCUUGCUAAUAAAAAACUGCUCAAGCUGUGCUCGCCUUUCUGAGUCAGUCAAUGUUCUGGGUCUCCAGUAGCUCACUGGAAAAAUACAGAAACAUUAGGCCCCUAGUGGGAACACUUAAACAUUCAUUUUACUUUUUUUACACCAACAACUGUGACAGUUAGGAUAGAAGAUAUACAGCUUGCUCAGUAUAAAACUCAGUGUCUGCAUGUUUGUAGGUGUAAAGAUGUUACGUUUUCAAGUUAUUUAAAUCACGCUAAACAUAAUUAAAAUCAUGAAACAAUAUGUGUAAAAAUAUAUUUCUUUACCAUAUAAAGAA